AGAACUGAGGAAUCUGGAGAAAAUUCUGGGGGGCACGGCAAUGAAGAUGCCGGAGACAUUCUCAAAUUGAGAAAAGAAAUGGAGGAACUAAAGAGGCAGGUUGACAAGGACGGGUCUUUCGGACCCACAGUAGAGAUAAUUUCUCCGUUUACUGCCAGAGUGAUGAAAGCUCAACUGCCCAGGGGUAAGAAAGCCCCUGAAAUCCGUUAUAAGGGAGUCACCGAUCCCAAUGAUCACUUGGCUGCGUACCAAACUCACAUGUUGAUGCACGCCGUGGAGGACGAGAUCCAAUGUCGCCUCUUCGUAGGAACCUUGGAAGGGCCGGCCGUAAAAUGGUUCCUCACUCUUCCUAAUGGGACCAUUGAUUGCUUCAAAGAUCUUGCUCAACUUUUCCUCAACGCCUAUGGAGGAAGGUUCCAGCCAAAAAAGCACUUCACCCAUCUUUUCUCCCUAAAGCAAAAGGAGGGAGAGACCAACAGUGAAUUGGUACAAAGAUGGAAUGAAGCAAUCAAUGAGGUGGAGCCUAUGGACGAUAAGACUUCCAUUGCUCUGUUCAUGAAUGUUCUCAGGUUCACAUUUCGGGCCACCAACAACGAAGCAGAAUAUGAGGCCCUCAUUGGAGGAAUCCAGAUUGCCCUAUUCAUGAAGAUAAAGCACAUCCGCCUUAAAUCCGAUUCAAAAUUGGCCAUCGGGCAGCUAAAAGGAGAGAUGGAGGCCAAGGAAGGAAGGUUGAAAAGAUACAGGGACUGCGCCAGGACUCUACUUGGACAAUUUGAGUCCUAUGAACUCAUAUAUGUUCCAAGGGAGGAGAAUGAAGAAGCGGAUAUGCUUGCCAAAUUAUGCAGGACCAUUCCCAUCCACAUGGAGGGUAUGGUAAGGCAGCACGAGAGGAUCUGUCCUGUUUGGGAAGAGGCGAUCCCUGUCCUUGAGAUAUCCGGUCCAGGUACAACUUGGAUGAGCCCCCUGAUCCAAUACCUUGAAAAGGGAGAGCUCCCUAUUGACCCCAAGGAGGCCCGCAGAGUUCAAUUAAUGGCUCCUAAAUAUCAAUUGGAUGGGGAAAAAUUGUAUAAAAGGACCUUGGGGGGGCCGAUGCUCAAGUGCUUGAGUGAGAGAGAAGCGAGAAGAAUAUUGGAAGAAGUACACCAAGGAGUCUGUUCCGCCCAUCAAGGUGCCCUUACUCUAGCGAGAAAGGUGAUACUCCAAGGGUUCUAUUGGCCAACUUUGAAGAAGGAUGCACUGGAGUUGGUGAGGAAAUGCCCAACUUGCCAAGCAUUUGCACCAAUCCCUGGACGCCCAUCCACCUUUUACACCCCUGUCACUACAGCCAUCCCUUUUGCUAGAUGGGGGUUGGACUUGGUGGGUCCUUUUGCCCAAGGGGCUGGAAGGAAGAAAUUUGCCAUUGUGGCGAUAGAUUACUUUACCAAGACGAUUGUGGACGGCAUCAAGAAGAGACUGCACGAGUUGGGCACGUCCUGGGUAGAAGAGCUGUCCUAUGUGUUAUGGGCCCAUAGGACUACUCCAAGGAGAGCCACAGGAGAGACUCCCUUUGCCUUGGCUUAUGGCUUUGAGGCAAAGGUACCUACCGAGGUCUUGGUCCCUAGCACGAGGGUGGAAGCAUACACUCCAAGCCUCAAUGAGCAAUUGAUGGAAGUGGACUCCCAUUUCACUCAAGAAAGGAGGGACGACGCGGCAAUGAAGGCGGAAGAGUACCAACGGCAAUCCAAGAGGUACCACGACAAAAAAGCUGUAGUUCGGACGUUUGAAGUCGGAGAUUGGGUCCUACGUAAAAGGGAGAAAAGUCAGCCCACUAAAGGAGGAAAAUUAGCCCAGAAUUGGGAAGGACCAUAUCGUGUGGAGAAGGUGGUGCGUACAGGCACCUAUCAGUUGGCUACAUCGGAAGGGAAGGCAUUGGACAAUUAUUGGAAUGUGGAGCAUCUCAAAAAAUUCUACCAGUAAAAGCUAUCUGUUCGAGGUUCCGUCUUCCCAUAAUAUUUCGGUCCUCACUUUUUAAAGUUUUUUCUUUUCCUUUUGGUUCAAAGAGAAGGGAUUGUACUGUGCUUAACAUGAAGAAGAAAUUUUCCAUUCAUCAUCAAUUGCUCCGGUCCAUGAGAUAUUAAAAAAAAAAGGGACGGAGGCAUACAAAGAGGACCGAUCCUUACAAAGAAGUGACAAAAUCAAUACAAGAGCACAUG